AAUUUCUGGUGUUUAAGGUGAGUAAUUAACAGGUGUCGAGAGAGAGAGAGAGAGAGAAGGGGUGUGGGGAUUGGGGAAAGUGGCGGAGAGGAGAAAGUAGCGAGCGGUAAAUGGGAAAUCGAGGCCGCAGCACAGCCGUCACCAUGGCGGCGUUGCAGCAGGCUCUCUGAUUUCUUUCCCCCCUUAAACUAGUAUUGGUUUCGGAAUUCAAGAAAGAGAGACUAGAAGAGGAGAAGGCAGAGAGAGAGAGAGAGAGAGAGGUUGACAGAGAGAAGCCGGCAGCAUAUACUGCUCCACUCCUGCUGCUGUGGCUGUGUUCUCAGAGACAAAAGCAGCAGCGGAACAAAAGAAGAAGGAAUACAGCAGAGCUGGCAGUGACCAUUCCCGCGGCCCUCUUUCCUACCCCUUCUUUCUUGCUCCCGCCCUCCCUACUGUGAUCGCUGUCACACUUCCCCUAGAUAGCAAGGGGGAGGUAGUGAGCUGUUGUCGGUGGAGGGAUAAUUAUGGCGGGAUUUUUUCUCGGAGGGGGCGGUGGCAGCCAGCAACAGCGUGGGGAUCAGCAAGCCGGAGGGAUCCCUCCGACGGAGAGCUUCUUUCUUUACGGCGGUCGCGGGAGCCGGGGGGAGGACGUGGCUUACACCCGAGGCUUCGAGCUGUGGCAGCAGCACCAGAUCCAGCGGGAUCACCAGCUCUACUCCGCCGCGGGCUUCCCGAAUGAGAUGCCGUCCGUGGCGUCGCGGCCGACGCGAGGAAGCCUGGAAGGCGGCAGCGGGGGGAUGAGCUGCCAGGACUGCGGCAAUCAGGCCAAGAAGGACUGCGCCCACAUGAGGUGCCGGACCUGCUGCAAGAGCCGCGGCUUCCAGUGCACCACCCACGUCAAGAGCACCUGGAUCCCCGCCGCCAAGCGCCGCGAGCGCCAGCAGCACCUCGCCGCCGCCGCUGCCUCGGUGCAGCAAGACCAGCGCCACCGCGGGGGCGGCAGAUCCGCGGCCGAGGGCAGCAGCGGAGGGAGCGAGCCUUUCAAGCGUCCCAGGGAGAUCACGGCCUGCACCCGAAUACCGAACGCCUUGGCGACCACCACCACGUAUGGAGGAAGCCUCGAGCCGGACAGCUUGCCGCCGGAGGUGAGCACGCAAGCGAUGUUCCGAUGCGUGCGGGUGAGCCACGUGGACGAACCGGACGACGUGUACGCGUACCAGACCGCCGUCAGCAUCGGCGGCCAUGUCUUCAAGGGAAUACUCUAUGAUCACGGCCCCGAGGCCGACUACCCGUCGUCGUCCUCCUCUCGUUAUCAGCUCCACCACCGCGAAGGCUCUUCUUCUCCAGCGCCAGCAGCUGCUGCCGCUGCUGCUAUAACCAAUAUCAGCACCGGAGACGCCACCAUUUCGACCACCGCUGCAGCCACUGAAUUGCUCGAGCCUUACCCGACUCCGCUGAGUGCCUACAUGGCCUGCACCCAAUUCUUCCCCCACCAACACAGACAAUAGCUGAGAGCCCAAGGAAGAGGAUACCUCAAUCACUGUCUUGUUAUCUGAUGUGCCUCAUCCGGCCACCAAUUUUCUUGUACCAAUCGCCACUCCUCAUCUAUUGGCAAUUGUGUAAUCUUUCCAAUAAUUUGGAGUACUCUCUUUCAUGAUCACUGUCGCAU